AUGGACUUGGAUUUAGGCUUUAUUAUUUCAAGGAAGACUGCUUCUACUUCCGCAGGGACUAAAUUGGUUCUAUUUAUAACAUUGGGAGUGCUUCGGUAUUAUCUUGACGCAUUUCCUAUACGCAAUUCUGUGGUCGUUUAAGCAAGUUUGAGCAAACCACAAAUUGACCAACGCUAAGCUAUUGCUUUUCUGUUUCAGACAAUUAACUGCAGCUGUGUUUCCUGCGCUGAUGGAUGGUACAGAGAUAAUUGCCAAAAAUGUAUGAUCAUUUUAAUUUAAAUUUAUUAGGCAAGACUACAGUAGCUUUAAAUAGCAUUAAAGUAUAUUAAUUUAAACCGUAUGUAGGAAAAUGAGGAAUGAGGAAAUGAGGAAAUGAGGAAAAACACUACUGAUAUUAAUUCCGUGUAUGCUGUUGUUCCUGUAUGUUCCGAAGGAGAAAAUCCUUUAUUUCAUUCGAAAUAUGUUUACGCAAUAAUCAUGUCACCACAAGUACUUGGCCUGCAUUUAUCUGUACGAGUUCAAUCUUAUUUCUCUUCAAUGGAACUGGAUUUAUGAGACUAAUUAAUAGGUCAAUUAUAAAAAUGUGGUAAAAUUUCCUGGAAUGCAGCCAGUUUAAUCCCGUUCAAACGGCUUCAUCAAUGCUGACCCAAUCCUGCCCAGGGAUGCCUUUAAAAAAUUAAUUUCUUAUUUCUAAAAUCUUUUGAAAAAACAAACGGGUUUCUUUAUAUUGAAUGUUUGUGCAUAAAUUUAAUGAUUGGGGGUAAAAUAAACUUCGCCUGGCCGUUUUGAGCAACAAUGUCACGAACAAGCAUUCAUUCAAACAAACCUUGGGUUAUAACUGAUUCCUAUGUAUUAUUUACCUCUAUUCUUCCCAGUUAAUUGGAUAAAAAAAGAUGGACAUUUGACGCAAAUUGACAACGGUUUAACAACGGAUGUUUGGGGAGUCUCUAAUAACUAUAUCUAUCGCUUGAGUAAAAACAGCACAUGGGAACAAGUAGAAGGCUCAAUGAAGCAUGUCAGUACAGGUAAAGCUGAUGUUUUACUUAAAAUAUUCCAUUUCUUCGAAAUCCUGAUGGUGUAUAUAGGCCAAAAUAGUGAUCAGAAGUUUAUGUACUUAAGUAGGAGGACAUCAAGAUGGGAAAAUAAAUUUAAGGGGAAGAAAUAUGUGAGAUAAAAGUAGAAAACGGAAGAAGUAUGUAUGGUUUCGAAAUAUUUGGAAGUUCAGCAAGAAAAAUUGAUUUGAUAAGUCGAGUAAAAUUGAAAAGUAGCCGGUGAAAUUUCUUUUUGCCUUCCCAUAUUUUUCAAUCCUGUAUACGCUCAUGGUUUUGUCAAAUGGCCAUGGUAAUUUUACGUUAUUUUCUCUGCAAAACGAACAUAUGGGUUUAUAUGUUAAAUAUGUUUUGCAAACGAUUGAAACACACACACAUUUGCUAUAUUUGACGCCUACAGUAAGUUUACUUCUAUAUGAAUUACCUGCUCGCUCUUUUUUCAUGUUGUUUAAGAGUAAACAAUAUUGGUUGUAAGCAUUCAUGUGACAAUAUUUCACUUGCGAUGGUAAAUCGUGCGUCAUCAAGCAGCAAAAUAAACGUGAGUUACCAAAUCUAAUGGGCCAGUCUCAGUAACUAAACCAUAGUCCUUUGAGGUCUAACAUUGGCUGCAAUUAUCGGCAUGCUGUUAUCACAUGAGGAAACCAAGGUACCCGCCGCACCCGAAAAAAAGAGCUGUUCAAAAUAACCUCUUUGAAUUGAUUUUCCCAGAUUCACAUAUUUGACCAUUUGGUUCAAUGUGUUGAUACGACAAUUUGAAAUUAAAUCUUUGUCGUUUAUUUAAGAGUAAUAAAUGAUUAUGAAGUAAUGAACUAUUUGGCAACUUAGUUAUCAAAAGACGUUAUUUUAAGAGAAGUAUAUGCUUGCACAUCGAGUACAAGACCAGAUAAUCUUUGCUAGGCUCUCAGUAUAUUCUCUUAUUAAACUUUGCCGUAUGGUUUGAAGACAAUUUAAAACAUUAGAAUUGUUUGAAUAUAUUAUAUUGGAAAGGAAUUAUUAGGUUUUGAAUAAGACCAAUGCGAUUGUAGAAUUGAUCAGUCGAUCUCAAGGCCAUUUUCACCGACCUUCAGCCGUAGAGGCAAAAUGCCCUGAGGAGGAGGUUGCAUUUGGUUACAAUAACGAAAAUUUUGGUUAGCUAUUUUAAAUUAAAUUAACCAACUUUUCAGUUGUUUUAAAUACAUUGCUUAAGUUAAAUGGAAAUGCAUCUGGGACAACCAGUUCAAAUUGGUUAUUUUAUCGAAUCUGUCUCAUGAGCGUAUAGCAGCCUAAAAUGUUUCCAAACUUUUGCUAUUUGUCACCAAAGUAAUACUUUGCUAUCCUUGAGUUUGCAUAUUAUUUUACAAUCCUGGUAAACCUUAAUUUUCCAGGUGAAGCUGGUAUUUGGGGGGUUAACUCCCUUAACGACGUUCAUAUUAGAAAGGGUGUUACUUCUACAACUCCUUCUGGUACUGAAUGGAAAAAAAUUCUUCCUGAAAAGUUUAAACAAAUUGAUUCUGGUCCUCGAGGUAUUGUGUAUGCGGUAAAUCAGCCUGAUUUCAUAUUUUGUCGCCGUGGUAUUACCACCGAUAUACCGGAAGGAACAGCUUGGAUUAGGUUGGAUGGGCUAUUAAAAUACGUAAGUUGUAACGUUAUGGGAUGCUAUGGCGUGAAUUGGCAUAACGAUGUUUACUACCGUACUGGAGUUACAGAAGAAGAUUGUAAAGGUAAUGGGUGGAUUCGUAUUCCUGGAUUACAUGUGAAACAAAUAGAGGUAAGUUAUGUGACAAUUGUCUUAUAAACAUGUCGCGUUCGUGUCCUGAUUGAUCGCCUAGCGCUGUCAAGCUUUGCUUUCAACCUGCCUUUUUCGCAUUUUUACUAUUCACCUCUCAACAUUUGAGAUCUACCUCUAAAAUUUGAUGUCUAAUUCUCUAAAUUUGACGUUCGGCAUUAUGUCUGAUCGAAAAUCACGUCAUGGGCAUGGGCGUCAGCUGACAUCAGCUUCAAAAUAUGUUUUUGUUGAUGCAUCGUUGAAUUAGAAGAUAAUUGCCAGGAUUGUAUGAAACAGCUUAAGGGGAAAACGUUUUUCAUGGGAAAAGUUAAUGAAAGUUAACGUUUUAGCGUUGAAUUAUAGCAACACGGCUCUUAGCCAAUCAGCGUUCAGAAUUUACACAUGUCACAUAAUAAUUGAAUAUAAUAUAUAUUGAUAAAAAGUCGACAAGUUGGCUAAAAUUGGGCAUAAAAUAGGGGCGAGGAAUAAAUAAGUCUGGCAUAAAAUAUGGGAGGGGAAAUAAAUUGAAUUUAAAAAGAGCAACCUUAUUCAGUACUACAGCCUACAUGUCUAACAAAACGGGUAGAAACUGCUCUGAAAAUGCCAUUACUGACAAUCUAGGAUUCUAAACUUGAAAACAUUUUACGUUCUGCGCCAACCAAGUUGGCGCCUAGUGCAAGUCGCCCAACUUCCAAGAUACAGAACAUUGAAAAACUAGUAUUAGUUACUAGUAAAUAAAGUGUUUGCACUCAUUCCCCUAGGAUUAACUCAACAAAAGCCAUGGCGGCCUUGUUGGUGUUCCAGACAAAAGAGUCUAAUUAAAAUUCUUUUGAACUGGAGCACCAACAUGGCGGCUGUGACGUCAUGUGAAACGCUCUAUAGUACUGCGAUUACACAGUUAAUAACGCAAUAUUCACAAUUACAUUAAUUCGAAGACUUAAUUAAUUAAACACGUAUGUGUUUUACCUCUGUGUGGCAUCUGCUGGGACGGGGAGGAAUCAAAAGUCGGGCCUUUUUAUGCUUAGUUGAAAAAAUGUCAUCUAUACCGAUACACCUAUGUUCAAAUCGAAUGGAGAGUUAGCGAGUAGUAAGCUAGUCCUGUACUCUCAAAGAUAAACAGCGUACUUAUCGUUAUCACAUAAAAUAACAACAUUGCAGCAUUUUGUUUUAAUUUUCUUUAAUAUAUAGCUAACAUGCAUGAAAAGAAUGUACAUACAAGUCUGCCAUUGCAAUAACUUGCAAUGAUAAUACCCAUAUUACUGUAAUAGUAUAUACUUCAAAAUAUUCAAUCAUGAUUUUAAUAAUUAAUGUUCUGUCAACUUUCCAAUUAAUAUAAACAACUUUCUAAUUCUAAUUAAUAUAAAGAUCUUAGUAUAAAGAACAUAUAAAAUAUAAAAGGAAUGCCACUUGUAAAUGAAACAAACAUAUGGUUUGCUAAAAACCAACUUGAAACAUGUCGAGAAUAUUCAAAAAGAAAUAUACUUGGUUUCAUUGUUUCUACUUAGUUUCAACGCUACACUCCUGUAAUAUUGUUUAAAUAUUGUUUUUAACCUUAAUUGAAUGACAAAUAAUCACUUCAGUCAACAGUUGCUUUAGUUAGUGGUGAAUUCGAUAUCAAAGCUUGACUCCUUAAAUAUGAAAAGGGCGUACAAUUAGUCACCAAUUAAUUCUAUAGCCAGUAUAGGUUUAUUAAUUAAUACACUUUCAAAUAAUAUUAUAAAAUAACAUGUAUAUAACGCGUGCUGUGAUUGGUCGAAACCCGUGUUUGGAUCAGGCCAUCCAAACAAGGAAGAUUAUCGUGUUGUUGUUAUUUUAUAAAACAAUUCGGCUCGUGAUUUCCCGCCCUUUUCUUAACUCUCCCAACAUUCCCGCGUGUUUGGAUCAGGCCAUCCAAACACGGAAACCAUAAAGUAAUUGUAUAAUAUUGCUGUUUAGUAACAUUUAAUACUUAAAAUAUGUGAAUUUGUCAACCAAAAUAGCGAUGUUUUCACCUUCAUCUUUGAUGUUUUGUCGACAAUUGGUUUAUAUUUAUCUCCGUCGUUUUGUUGUGAUGAAAUAUUGAACAUAUAAUACCAAAUUUCCAAAACACAAUGAAUCAGGAAAUUAUUGUUAUUUAUUUAUUUAUAGACCUGAUCGCAGGUUACUUAGUGCCAGUCAACCGUAUCACACUAACAUUGACCGUCGGAUAACAUUUUCAUAGUAAUAUGGACAACGAUAUUAAAAAUCAACGAACUGUUUCUUCAUCAAUACAACCAAAUUAUAAUCACAGUUCGAAGCAACAUUGUAUCCCUCUACGUAUUACUUUAAGAAAUCAACUGAAAAAUUCUCGCGCUAACCAUCAACAAGAAAAUGAGUUUGUUUUUCACAAUUUCACUGGAAAAAUAACGCUGUUUUAAAACAACGCAGUCAUUAAAGUAAAUUCUUUAGAAAUUAAGGUUUAAUAAAAGGCAGAAAAAGCAAUGUAACCAAUUUUCGCAUGGAUCGUUGGAAGAGAGACAAAGUGAAACGGUACAAUUUUUAUUAUUGAAUAAUUAUUGGGCAAGCGAGAUCGAAGGAGAAGUUCCCAAUCAACCUAGUCAUAGAAAUCGAACGAUGAAUACAUCAAAUGUUAAUUUACAAUGUCGCAAUAAACUACCCUGCGCUUACUAUAAAAAGAGGAAUUUUAAUAAGUUAAUUCAAAUUCCUUUGAAAAAGACUCUGGCACCUAUUUCAACAACUCUGUAAAUGGGAAACAAUUUUCAAAAUACAAGACAUCUUACCCAAUUUAGAGAUUUGUUGCGUAAAGAAAAUUGUGUCAUUUUUACUGAAAUAUUAUGCAUUAGGGGCGGACUAUUUGACGAGGUGUAUUUUUUUAUUGAGCCCAAUAAUUCUUUAAACCUCCAAAUGCUGCUCGUUAUUUUUCAGUCGUUCACUGGCUCUUGAACAUUUUUAUUUUGUGGGCACGUAUAGGUAGUACAGGUAUUGAGUAUAUAAGCUAUCGGUCGUGAUUUAAGAUAAUUAUUUAUACAGUUUGGAUAUGCAAACGUUCGCAAUUGUAUGUAAUCACAAUUCUACCGGGUCUCCCCAAAAAAAGUACUCCGGUUUGAUUUAUAAUAACUUCUAAACAAGUAAAGCUAUCAAACAGAAAGAACUUCCAUUAAAUAGAGGGAGGACUAACUUAGAUUUUGAUAUAUUACAGUUGUAUUUUACUUAAACAUUCACGGAGAUAUUAAUGUUCAAAAUGGCGAGCAUAUUUUGGGAUGUGUCUAAAAUCAGCGAAAAUCGGCAUAUCAAAUAUUAACUCUAGCGUUUGUUUGCUUAAUGACAUAUCAGGCUAACUUGUAUUUCAGUGAAUCAUGAAUUGUCGUUAGGGUUUGUAAGGGAUAUGGGGUAGAUUUAGGCAUUUUAACAUGCAUGUAAGUCUUAGCUGAUUGUUUCCUGAAAUAUUGAACGUUCGAAAUUAUGCAAGUAUUUAAUAGGUCUUUACAAGCUAAAAGGUACAUGAAAAACCAUAUAUGCAAGGCAGGCGCUUAAAUUUUUGUUAAAUAGCCUAAUUUUUUAUGUUUUUCAUGGGUUCAAAACAGAGUUGAUUAUUUCUCGGUUAGAGCAGGAUGAUUUCUUUAAUGAAGGAAAUAUUAUUGCUUUUUGCAAAUACACAUCACAGUAUCAACGCUACUAUUUUGUUACGUUUUGUUCCAAAAAUGUUGGAUGUCUCUGGGGAGUUGCUUGUUAUGUCUUAUGAAGUUGUAUGGUUAGAUUGUGUUUUAUUCUCAGUUUAUUCUGAACUUAACAAGAUUAAGAAAAAGCAAAAGAGUUUGAGUGUUCUAGUAUCUUAACAAGAUUUCAGAACUUUGCAGAAGUUAGAAGAUCAGAGCUUCACAAUUCCAUUGUGACAGCAUGCCCUAAUUCAGAACUACGAACGAUAUCCAUGACGACCUUAAUUUGCGAUGCAGUGGUCUCAUGAAAUAAGGAAACGUAUUCGUCUAAGGAAUACACGCGGAUUUUGGACGAAUAAAUCUUGCUUGUAUUUUGUAGAUAAUAAUACUUUGUUUCAUAAUAAACAGUUUGUCAAGUGUCAUUCAUUUAAUGGUAACAGUGCAUGUUUCAAUCGGGCAAAUUUUGAUUAAUAUUUGAUACGCCGUUUUUUUGCAUAUUUCAGGCACAUCCGAAAAUAUGCUCCCGAUUUUAAAAUUUAAUAUCUCCGUGAAUUAUUACGUGAAAUACAACUGUAACAUACCAAAAUCUAAGUUAGUCCUUCGUCUAUUUGAUGCAAGUUAUUUCUAUUUAAAAGCUUUACUUGUUUAGAAGUUAUUACGAAUCAAACCGGAGUACUUUUUUUUGGGACACCCGGUAUAUUUUUGUUAUUUCUUCAACUAUAUUCUCUGAACUAUAUUGAGUUAUUGAUAUUUUCCUGACAUAUUGUUGUAAAUGUGAUAUAUUAUAAUAUCUACAAUAUAUAUGUCAAUGUCACACAGUAUUGACAGUAAGUACUAUUUACAACAUGAACGGCCGUGUUGUAUCGGAUAUACAAACUCGAGCCGAAGGAUUAAAAAACGACUCAUCUUAUGAGUUCAUUGUCGAAGUAAUUUUAAAAAUAAACGUUAUCUAAAGUUUAUGUAAAUCAACAUGAAUCUGUAUCACAUAUACAGACUCCUUCACGGCCAUGAUUUCUUUGUGUUUUCUUCAUGAAUUAUUAAUGAGUUUUUUAAGUGAGACUGAGUUAAAGCCCGAGUACCGAUGUAUCUGGCUAACAGCCCAGGUUCGAGGGCUUUAACUGACUUAUUUCAUGAUUGAGGAAGUUUUCUCAAAAGAAUAAUUUAAGAUAUAAUUUCUAUAGAAAUUGUUGUUGUUCAGUGUAAUUUGUGAACGAAAAUACUGGAAGGUAUGCGGACUUAUUGUUGGUACAAAAAAAGAUGAAGAUCUCAAAGGAGCAUUACGCUAGUUAUACGCUAGUUAAUUUAUUCUUAUUUUGUUCUUCUACAUAUUUUUGUAAAAUUUUCUGGCCUCAGUUUGACGAAUUGUUUGCAUCCGCACUUCACACAAUGGAUAGUGACGAGGAAGACUUUUCACUGUCAGGAUUAACUUAAAAUAGAUUUUUAGCGGAUCCUGUUAUUUUGGAUGACGAAUUAACUAUAAUUUCAAGUAUUUUAGAGACUGAAAAUCUUGAUUUUAGUAACAGCGAGUCUACAAGUGCAAAUACUAGUCAUGCCGAGUCAACAAAUGCAAGAAAUAUAUCACUUAUUAGCGACGAAGAGUUACAGAAAAUGAAGAAAACCCGAAUCCCGUUAAACACGAAGCGUAAUACAGCAUGGGCGGUUCGUGUGUGGAAAGAGUGGGCGGAAGAAAGGAACAGUAAAACACCAGCCAACAAGAAAGUCGGGUUGGAUAUUUGUAAAGUCAGUGAUGUAGAACUUAGGCAUUGGUUAGCGAAAUUUGUUGUCGAAGUUCGGAAGAAAGCAACCAAAGGGGAAUGCUAUCCGCCUAAUACGCUGUAUCAGUUGUGUUGUGCUUUGCUACGAUAUCUAAGAAAUAAUGGUCGUCCAGCUUUAAAUUUCUUCGAAGACCCUAAUUUUAAACAUUUUUAG